AUGGUUACACCAAUAAGAAAGCCACAACAGAGAAGCAAACCCUCCAGCUGUCAGAAAUCAACUAGCGGAAUCCAGCUUCAUUUCGAGAAGGAUCCAGAAGUCGCCAUCUCUCCUCCCACUGCGACGAGCAGCCCGGUGCCUCCCACGUCAACCCCUGGCUUUCCUCCUGCCAACCAUCCCAGCACAUCUACCACUUCACGUACAACCAACAGAGCAACUGAUGGAGAAUUCUGCGCCACCACUCCAACAGGGCCAGACUUCGACCACAUCUUCUCCAUCCUCCCCUUCUCCAGAGAGCAAGUCAGCAGCGCACAGGGUGAUGACGGCACUCUUCAGGGACUUUCCAUCUCUCCCUCCGCUACACCGACCAACAGGAUCGAAGUGCGGGAACACCAGGGCUUGUUGUACCGGCAGAUCCAGAAGGGGGACGACACCUACAAGAUCCAGCUAGUCGUCCCUAAGACCCUGGUCCGCCAGACGGUACAGCACUUCCACCAGAGGACAGCAGAGAAACACCAUGGGCGUCUAAAGACCCUCCUGCAGAUCCUGGAAGUUGCCUGGUGGUCCUCAAUCCGCAGCAAUGUCUGGGCGUUCAUCCAGGACUGCAAGUCGUGUGGGGUGGAGGCCAAGGAGUGUGCUGUCAUCAACCCUACCAAGAAACCACCUCAUCAUCCACCUCAUCCCCGUUCAUCAGCAUAAACAUCAUCCACCAAAGAGACCCGCAAGCCGAAUAGGAGAAAACGCCAAGGGGGCUGGCGUACCAGCAAGGCUGGGUGCAACAUAUUCCUGGGAAGAGUGGUGCCACCUACUCAAGGACACCCAGGCUGGUAUCGGAGUCCAACCCUCUCUAGUGUUCCCUUAGAACUAGUGCCUAAGACUAGUGCCUGUGUGGGAGGGCCUAGUUUUAUCUAACUUAUUACAAAGACAUUUUAAGACACACAUUUUAGAGGAUACCCACUACAUGGACAAUGGCUGACAGUACCUUUAAGGGACUAGUCUCUUCCCCGGGAGCCAUAGGCAAAGGGGGGGGACUAUGUGACACUGUCACACAGGACACAUGUUUUAACCUGCUCAGUAUAUUAUAAUGAUUUUAUGUAUAUUUGAGUUUUAAUAGGUUUUCAUGUUGUCUUAGCCAUUGUAUUCCUCUUAACCAUUUUAAUGUGUGUAUGUCUUUAAAUGAGUCGGGGUCUGCCUGUCAUGUGACUGAUCACAUGACAGGAAAUAGGAAGUGGGACAGCAUAAAGGAGGCAGCAUGCAAAAUAAUAGGGGUCAGUGACCAAAGGACUGCACCAGCUGGAUUGAGGAGUUUUUUUUAAGGACUUUCCAUUCCAGAAUCUCACCUGUUUUGGAUUAUCACUUUCUUUGGAUUGUAUAUACACCGGUGGACACUUUUACACCUUUAACACACAUUUCACACAAUUUUGGUUUGUGUGUGUUUGAAGAGAAUUUAGAAUCUCAUGACAAAUCAUAAGUAUUUCAUAUUUUAGUGAAUUGCUGGCUAAUACGAUCUCAUUCACACUGUACAAAUUAAAACCAAAUUUCUUGUAAAAUCGUUACAUAUUCCCAUGAGUUAUUAGAAUCACACAGAACAAAAUUGAAACAUAAUGCCAAAACAAGUACAUUUUGUCAUGAAUCCGGUCCAUGGCCUUCUGUCCGAUUGCCACCAGAGGUCACUCUCCCAUUAUAUUGACUCUCACACCACACAGACUGUUAAACAUCACCCUGGACUACAUUUCCCAUCAUCCAUUGCACUGAUUACACACAGCUGUAACCAAUCACACACACACACACACACACACACACACACUAUAUUACACCCACUCAGAUCCUUCUUAAACUUAAAUCCUUCUGCGUUUAUCACUCUCCCAAGUGAUAGCACUUUACGGAUCCAGUUUAUUGUCUGAGUUUUAGUCUAGUUUAUCCUGUGUAUUGCCUGAGUCAGUCGUGUCUUUAUCCUAGCCUGUGUAUCUCGUUUCAGUGUAAUCUCCGCCUGCCCUGUAGUUUUUAGCCUGCCUUGGAUUGCUCUCUUGUCUUGUCGUUUGGACUAUGUUUGUACCAUGCCUGGAUUAUCAUCGUGUUACCCCUCUUGUCAAGAUAUUGUUUGCCGAUCGAAGAUCACGCCUGUUUACUUGAGUACUCUUCUGUCUUGCCCUCUAUAUACCUGUUUGCCAUUUGUCCAACCCUUGCCUGUGCUGACCAUGUUAAAGCUUUGCAAAUGGAUCCGCAAGCCUGAUGUUUUGUCGGCUCUGUAACACAUUUGUACAUUUAUUAAUGUGAUUGCAUUCUUCAUUAAUCUCAUUUUAUAUAAUUACAAUAAAUUUAAACAAUGAAAAUUAUAUUGUGUACUGAUAUUGUACA